AUGCUACAUGCCCGCCGCCGGCUUCACGCAGCGCGCCACGCUCGACCCCGACACCGACGAGAUAUUCGUGCUCUCCGUGAGUACGCAGCCCCACUACACACUGUACACGCUACAUGCUACAUGCCCGCCGCCGGCUUCACGCAGCGCGCCACGCUCGACCCCGACACCGACGAGAUAUUCGUGCUCUCCGUGAGUACGCAGCCCCACUACACACUGUACACGCUACAUGCUACCUACAUGCCCGCCGCCGGCUUCACGCAGCGCGCCACGCUCGACCCCGACACCGACGAGAUAUUCGUGCUCUCCGUGAGUACGCAGCCCCACUACACACUGUACACGCUACAUGCUACAUGCCCGCCGCCGGCUUCACGCAGCGCGCCACGCUCGACCCCGACACCGACGAGAUAUUCGUGCUCUCAGUGA